CGACUAAACAUGGAAUUUAACCCCUAGAAAUUUUCACCUGCAUCUAAUAUCAAGACCCUCUUUUUCUCGCCCCAAAAAUUACGACCUUGCAAUCUCGAUCUUCUCUGUCGCUCCAAAUUACGUAGAAUAACUUGGAAUCGUGAGCUUUCUUUAAUGGCACUUGCCCAUUCCCCUUUUUAAUUACAUUCUCACCGGCGACUUUCUUGGUUUCAUCUGCUUUACUCUUUGGUAGUUGCCCCUUCUCUCCUCUUCCCCGCUGUACACACAUCGAACCGAUGGUUGGCAGAGGCAACAGGACGGAUGUUACUGACUUGGACCUUCAACAGCUACGAAGUGAUACGCCAUUAGGGAGAGAUAAUGCUGAAAAGAACCGUUACCAGGAAAACUUUUAUAUUAGUGAAUCAUCAACUUUCCAGCAACAACCAAAACCAGAAAUGAAAGUAGAGCAACAGUUUCCGAAAGUGUGUAGUGAUUCCAAAUCUGCGAGCACACUGAUCAAAAUUCUCAUGGACAGAAUUCACAGACAGAUAAUGGCCGACAAGGUGGCAGAUAUGGAAUCUUUGAUAUGGUUACAUCAUAGGAUGAAGACCUUAUCCCAAGUCAACCAAACUAAAACACCAUUGCUAGCUGAUCUCCAAGUCAAUACGCAAAAUAUCAAGAAUGUCGACAACUAUCUGAGAGGCAACAGUACGGAUCCUACUGAAAUGGACCCUGAACAGCUUCCAAGUGAUAUGCUAUUAGGGAGAUUAGAGAGAUUAGAGAGAUACAAGGCUGAAAAGAACUGGUACCAGGAAAAUUUUUAUAUUAGUGAAUCAUCAACUUCCCAGCAACAACCAGAACCAGAAAUGAAAGUAGAGCAUCAGUUUCCGGAAGUGUGUAGUGAUUCCAGAUCUGUGAGGAAACGGAUGAAAAUUUUAAAGGACAGAAUUCACAGACAGAAAAUGGCCGACAAAAGGACAGAUUUGGAAUUACUGUUAUGGAUGAAACUGAAACUGAAAGCCUUUCCUGUCUCGUUACAAAUUCCUGCCUCCUUCAAUCAAAUCAGAAAUGAGUGGCCAAUGCGUCCUGAUCUUCAAAUAAUUCUCCAAAAGAUGCAGGACAUCAAGGCCAAAUCCAAGGAUCUUGUUUUAACAGAAAAUGAUAUGAAUGGGGAAUUGGGUAUAGUAAUUCAGGAGUUAGAUACAUUAAGGGCUCGACGAUCAAAGGAACAAGAAAGGGACCUUGAUGCAGUCUUGGACACCGACAUGGGGACUAAGACUCUAAUAGAAAAGUUUUCUUCAGAAUUUCCAUGGCUUUUUUCUCAAGAUCAAGUUCAAGAAAGCUUGUCUACUCUUGGAGCUCAGUUCAAGAGUUUGGAAAACCAACUUUAUGACGAAAACAAUAAUAAAGUGUCCUUCAAAGAUUUCGAAGGAUUAGAAGAGGCAUUGAAGAAAACUAAUGCCUUGGAUCUUCUUCCAGGCUACCUCAAACCUAUUGCAAACCAAAUUGAAAAGGCUCAUGGGGAAGCUACUGGGAUUGCUCAUGCAUAUAUUCAACUUUUAGUCUGUGCUGCUAUCAACGAGAUGCAAGAAUCGGCAGUGAAGUCUUUGAACUGGGAAACGCUGAAAAAAUGGGGAGCGACACUCAAUUAUGCUAGGCAACUUGGUUUUCAAGUGAGCUUUGCUGAUGAGUUACUUAGGAAAACUUUUGGUGCCUACGUUUGUUUCAAAUUUUUGAUAAACCAACCUGAUGACAAAAACAACAAUCAAGUGUCCGACAAAGAUUUGGAAAGCCAAGUUUAUGGAAGUUGGUCAACUUUUGGAGCUCAAUUCAAGAGUUUGGAAAACCAACCUUAUGAAGAAAUCGAAAUAAAGUGUCCUUCAAAGAUUUCGAAGGAUUAGAGGAGGCAUUGGAGAAAACUAAUGCAUUUGGUCUUCCAGACUACCUCAAGCCUAUUGCGAACCAAAUCAAAGAGGUUCGUGGGGAAGCUACUGGGAUUGCUCAUGCAUGUAUUCAACUUUUUGUCUGCGCUGCUAUCAGGGAGAUGCAAGAUUCGGCAUUGGGGUCUUUGAACUGGGAUACGUUGUUUCAAGUUUAGAUUGUCUUGAGUUGGCAUUCAGGUCAAUUUGAGUUCAGCCAGUUUAGGUUUAAUUACAGAAGAGGUUCAGACUUCAGGAUUUCUAUUUUUACUCUCUCUACUAGAAACUGUGGUUUUUGGUAUGAAAUUGUGUAGUUUGUUGUGUAACUUGUACUGUGUACUUGUGUAUUUGUUAAUGUUAUAUAAUCGUCUUGGUUGUAUUUUUCUUGUCUCAUUUUUCUAACAGUAUUCGAAAUUUAAAAUUUGAAAUUUGUAUUUGUAAA